GACUUGAAUCGUCGAGAAAUUCACUAAUUAUAAUUUCAAGUCCGCAACGUCUUUUCCUGUUUUCCAGUAUUAGCUGCCCUCACACACACACAAACACACUCUCUUUCUCUCUCCUCCAUAAAAGGUUCCGGAGCUUUAAAAGCAUGGUUGCCUGAUUUUUCCGUCACCGCUAAAUUUGCGACGAUGACUUCCAUAUCUUCUGUUGAAUUAAACUACUUAAUUUUCCGCUACCUUCAGGAAUCAGAUGUUAAGUAAGAGACUGAAGUUGAGGAUGUUGAGUAAGAGGCUGAAGUCGAGGAUGCUGAUGCUUAUUGGGAACAUUAUGCUGUGCAUUAGUGUACCUAACUGAUGGAGUAUCUAGCAAGUAACAAUCUGGAGCUUGCCUUGUAUGGCACUAUGGCCUAGGCCCUGGUAACAGCCCUUGUAGCUGUCUCUCUGCUGACCACAAUUUAGAGUUUAACUCUACGAACUAGGUGUUGAACGGUUUUACACACUCCGCCUUUGCUUUAGGAUAUGAGGCCGCAAUCAAUAAGUGCCCUAUUGAUGGCAAUCUCGUUCCACCGGGUGCUCUCAUAACCUUUAUUCAGAAAGGGCUUCAGUACUUGGAAAUGGAAGCUAACUUGAAUAAUAGUGAUGCAGAUAUUGAUGAAGAUUUCUCAUUUCUACAGCCUAUGGAUCUUAUCACCAAGGAUGUGAAUGAAUUGCGACGAAUGGUUAAAGAGAAAAGGAGAAGUUCAAGGAAGGAUAGGGAGAAAGAAUCUGAAAAGGACCGUGAGAGAGAACGGAAGCGAGGAAGAGAUAAUAGGAGGUUAGAUAGGGAGAAAGAUCUUGCUAAGGACGGAGAGGGAAAAGAGAAGGAUGAAAAAUCUGCAAGGGAGAAGGAUGAAAAAUCUGCAAGGGAGAAGGACGAAAAGGCUGCUAGAGAGAAGGACGAAAAGGCUGCAAGAGAGAAGGACGAAAAGGCUGCCAGAGAGAAGGACGAGAAGGCUGCGAGAGAGAAGGACGAAAAAGCUGCGAGAGAGAAGGACGAAAAAGCUGCAAGAGAGAAGGACGAAAAAGCUGCGAUAGAGAAGGAAGAAAAAGCUGCGAGAGAGAAGGACGAAAAAUCUGGGAAAGAGAGGGAAGAAAGAGCAGGGAAAGAGAAGGAAGAAAAAGUUGUGAAAGAAAGGGAUGAAAAAACAGGGAAAGAAAGGGAAGAAAAAGCAACUAAAGAGAGGGAGGAAAAACCUAAGCUUGUAGAUGGUCCCUCUGAUAAAGAAACAGUUGUUGAUCGCGACGAGAAACCUGUCAUAAAAAACGAAGAUAAUGGAGUUUGUCCUGACCCUGAGCCAAUGGAUAUCUCUACAACAACACCUUAUGUGGAUUGUGAAAUUUCUACUUCUGAUGUGACAAUAUUAGAAGGGCACACAUCUGAGGUUUGCGCUUGUGCAUGGAGUCCUUCUGGUUCACUUCUUGCAUCUGGUUCUGGGGAUUCGACAGCAAGGAUCUGGACAAUUUCCGAGGCAGGUUCUGGAUCACACAAUGGAUCCACCAAUGUUGUGGUGUUGAAGCAUGUUAAAGGGAAAACAAAUGAGAAAAGCAAAGAUGUUACCACUCUUGACUGGAAUGGGGACGGUGCCCUUCUUGCUACAGGAUCUUAUGAUGGCCAGGCAAGAAUUUGGAACACAUAUGGUGACCUGAGGAGUACAUUAAGUAAACACAAGGGGCCAAUAUUUUCUUUAAAAUGGAACAAGAAGGGUGAUUAUCUUCUCACCGGUAGCUGUGAUAAAACAGCCAUAGUGUGGGAUGUAAAGGCAGGAGAGCCAAAGCAACAGUUUGAGUUUCAUUCAGGUCCAACCUUGGAUGUUGACUGGAGGAACAAUGUUUCUUUUGCAACAAGUUCAACAGAUAACAUGAUAUAUGUGUGCAAAGUUGGAGAUAGCAGUCCUGUCAAAACCUUUGCAGGCCAUCAGGGUGAAGUUAACUGUGUUAAGUGGGACCCUACCGGGACAUUAUUGGCCUCUUGUUCGGAUGAUAGCACUGCAAAGGUGUGGAGUCUGAAGCAGGAUCUUUUUGUCCAUGACCUAAAAGAACACUCGAAGGAGAUAUACACUAUCAGGUGGAGCCCUACUGGCUCGGGCACAAACAACCCCAACCAUCAAUUGGUUCUGGCCAGUGCAUCUUUCGACUCAACUGUGAAAAUAUGGGAUGUGGAGCUUGGAAAACUGCUGCAUAGCUUGAAUGGUCACAGGGAAGCUGUGUACUCUGUUGCAUUCAGUCCGAAUGGUGAAUAUUUGGCUAGCGGGUCUUUGGAUAGGUCUUUGCACGUUUGGUCACUGAAGGAAGGGAAGAUUGUGAAGACAUACUCUGGUAAUGGAGGCAUAUUUGAAGUUUGCUGGAAUAAGGAAGGCGACAAGAUUGCUGCAUGUUUUGCGAACAAUACUGUAAGCGUUUUGGAUUUCAGAAUGUAGCAGUCGGAGCAUGCACGAGAGAACUAGAUGUUGCCCGGCUCUUGAACCUUUUUGGCUUAGCUUAGAAUGUACUUGGAAUUCUUUUAUAGUUUGGGGUAGGCUUAGCUGUUCAUUAGGGAUUUAGAUCAGGUGGCUGUCCACAAUGUACAAUUCUGUUAUUCAACAACAGUAUAAUUAAAAUUGUACAGAUUACACUUUAUGAUAGUUCUGGUCCUUUAUUUCUCCUGA